UUGCUAUGCAGAAAUAUAGAUAGAAAUCUCAGUUUUCUAUACAGAAAAUCAUAGUUAAAGAAUUUUAAUGAAAUAGAAAAGAACAUACUUUUCAAGUUUUUCUUUGUCAUGAUGAUACAUCUGGUCUGCUCUGUUCUAUCUGAAUAAGUAGGCCUGCAUUUGAAUCUGUUGUGGGAUUGUAUGUCCCCUUUCUUCCCAUCUGAUCUCUGCAACUUUUUUUGGUUUUUAUUGUUGCAACUGAAAUUAAAUUAAGCUUUUCAGAGAUUUGAAUAGUUAGUAUACUGACAGCAAGGACUGUCAGUUUGAAUUCAUCUUUUAGCAGACCUAUGCUGCAAAAUCCACACUGGCCCAUCAUUGCCAAACACACAGGAAGCCCACGAGAAAUCAGUUAGAAGAUUCCUCUCUCUUCAUAAAAGAAUGUUGUUUGGUCUGUAUUUAGCUUAGGAGAUUGUUGGGUUGGAUUUCAAUCAAAGAAAAUUUCAAGAAUUUGAAGGCAUCAUGGCAUGCACAGAAUUGCUAGAGAGCCCCAGGAUUUCAUUCUCCAGGGAUUUCUCAGACCUGGAUUUGGUGGUGGAGAGGAGGAAGAAGGUUGAUAACAAAGAGUCAAUGGCUGAUGAGGAUUUUGAGUUCUGUAUGGGUUUGUCUGAGGGUAGUAAGCCUACAAUGCUGCCUGCAGAGGUGCUCUUUUCUGAAGGCAAGAUUCUUCCUUUUCAGUUUUCUCAAUCUGGAAAUGGAAAAGCUAUGUUACCCACAGGUGUUACUGGAAUCUAUAUUACUAAUGAAAAAGCUAACAAGUUAGAGAAUUCCUGUGAGGGAAGUUCGAUCAAAUCGAAUGGUAUUGCCUGUGAGCAUUCCCCCAAGGCGCCCAAAUGUUCAUGGAAGGAGAUUCUGGGCCUUAAGAAGCUCCAAACCCAGAAAAGUGUCCCUCCGAAGACAACACCCAAAACACCCAAGAAGCCGAAUUUUACUUAUAGGAUCCGGUGCAUUAAUUCUGGUGUGACUACAGAGGCUUCCUCUGUCUCUCAACCCCUGCUGCUGCAACCUCGUGACUCUGAUGCAGAUUCUGCAUCAGCUCGGUUUUCUGUUUCUUCAAAUCAGUCUGAUCUGGAGGAAUUGCCAAGGUAUUCUGUAGAUUCCAUCAAAGAAGAUGCUGUUUUGCACAAGCCCUUGAGGGCUGUUAAUGUCAUUAGGCCUGCAGAGAAGAAGGGCUCAAAGUGCAACAGCCCCAGAACAAGAGGGGCCUCCUCUGGUAAGGUUGUGUUCAAGGGUCUUGAGAGAAGCUGUAGCAGUCCCAGUAGCUUUAGGAAGAGGGAAUCUCAGUACAGAAUAGAAAGGUCUUAUUCUGCAAAUGUCAGAGUAACCCCUGUUUUGAAUGUGAAUGUGCCUUCUUGCAUUAGAAAUGGGAAGGGAGCAUCCAAAGGAGGAGGAGGAGGAGGAGGAGGAAUGUUUGGUUUGACCAACCUGUUUUCUUCUCCUCAGAAAAAGGAUUCCAAUAAGCAUAUCAAGAAUCCUUCUCAGUCUCAUUUGGCAUCCACCAAAAUAAAACCCACUGAAGUGUGAAGGAUAAUGAAAAGAUGUAGAGAAUCCAAGAACAAAAAUCCUUGCUCUCACAAUAAUGUGAAAGAAGAGGCAAAGGUUUAUUUUGGAGAGUUGUCGAGUUUUUCCAUCUUGGUUGGGUUUUGGUUUUGAUGGUGCUCUUAUCCAUUGGUUUGGAGUGGAUCUGCAAUGCAGGCUAUUUUCUUACAGUUCUAA